CGCCUCCUGAUUGCCUCCCAACUUUCCGCUCCUCCCUGCACAAACUUUCCCUUCCCGGCCGCUGGCUCCAGCUCCGCUCCCCGCGCCCGCCCCGGCCCCGCGCCCUCCGGAGCACGGAGCAGGUUGACAAGUUCCCAUUUGGGGCUCAGGGUCGGAGCCCAGAGCAGCCAUCACAAUAGCGUCCAACAGCUGGAACGCCAGCGGCAGCCCCGGGGAGGGGCGGGAAGAUGGACAGGAGGGAAUGGACAAGAGCCUGGACAAUGAUGCCGAGGGGGUGUGGAGUCCGGACAUCGAGCAGAGCUUCCAGGAGGCGCUGGCGAUCUACCCGCCCUGCGGCCGGCGGAAAAUCAUCCUCUCGGACGAGGGCAAGAUGUACGGUCGUAAUGAAUUGAUAGCAAGAUACAUCAAGUUGCGGACAGGGAAAACACGGACGAGAAAACAGGUGUCCAGCCAUAUACAGGUUCUAGCUCGGAAGAAGGUGCGGGAGUACCAGGUUGGCAUCAAGGUCUCUAGCCACUUGCAGGUUCUAGCCAGACGGAAAUCUCGCGAGAUUCAGUCCAAGCUGAAGGCCAUGAACUUGGAUCAGGUCUCAAAGGACAAAGCCCUGCAAAGUAUGGCCUCCAUGUCAUCUGCACAGAUCGUAUCAGCCAGCGUCCUGCAGAACAAACUCAGUCCUCCUCCUCCUCUUCCUCAGGCUGUCUUCUCUGCUGCCCCCAGGUUUUGGAGUGGGCCUAUCCCAGGACAGCCUGGACCCUCUCAGGACAUUAAACCGUUUGCACAACCAGCCUACCCCAUCCAGUCACCCAUGCCUCCAUCACUAGCCAGUUACGAGCCCCUGGCUCCUCUCCCGCCAACUGCCUCGGCCGUGCCAGUCUGGCAGGACCGCACCAUUGCCUCGGCUAAGCUGCGGCUUCUUGAGUACUCCGCGUUCAUGGAGGUGCCACGAGACGCUGAAACGUACAGCAAACACCUCUUUGUGCACAUCGGGCAGACAAACCCCUCGUACAGUGAUCCCCUGCUGGAGGCUGUGGACAUCCGCCAGAUCUAUGACAAGUUCCCUGAGAAGAAAGGAGGCCUCAAGGAGCUCUACGAGAGGGGACCCCAGAACUCCUUCUUCCUUGUCAAGUUCUGGGCUGAUCUGAACAGCACUAUCCAAGAUGGCCCUGGGACUUUCUAUGGCGUGAGCAGCCAGUACAGCAGUGCAGAGAACAUGACCAUCACUGUCUCCACCAAAGUGUGCUCCUUCGGGAAGCAAGUCGUGGAGAAGGUGGAGACAGAGUACGCGCGGCUGGAGAACGGCCGAUUUGUAUAUCGAAUCCAUCGUUCGCCCAUGUGUGAAUACAUGAUCAACUUUAUCCACAAACUCAAGCACCUCCCGGAGAAGUACAUGAUGAACAGCGUCCUGGAGAAUUUCACCAUCCUGCAGGUUGUUACGAACAGGGAUACCCAGGAGACCUUGCUCUGCAUAGCCUUUGUGUUUGAGGUAUCCACCAGUGAACACGGCGCCCAGCACCACGUAUACAAGUUGGUCAAGGACUAGAGGCCUCUGGGGCGGGCGGGGGCAUUGAGGGGAGGCGAGAGUGGGGUGAAAAGGGUCUUGUGCAGAGAAGCCGCCCGUGCAGGAUGCCUCGAGAGAAGUCAUUUGAAAACGAAACAAAAAAAAAAAAAGCCAAAAAGACUGACUUGCAAUCACAGAUGUUUUCUACUUAGGAACAAUUUUUUUUUAAAGAAAAAAGAAGAAUAAAAAGAAACCAUAUCGUGAAACGAGGGCCUUGUCCAAAGCAGGAAGAGACAGGGUUGGCCACUGAUUGGCGCAUCGGCCCCUGUCACUGGCAAGGCCUGAAUUUCCUCUGUGCCUGUCCCAGGCUGAAGCACUAGAGCAGCACAUUGUCAAAUGACCGGCAACCCCUCCCUACCACUCUGCUGCGCCCUUUUCUUCCAUGCUCAGACACAGGUAAUCCUGCACCUGGCCUGGCUUGGCCUGGCCCAGUUGGCUCAGUUGAGGUGGAAAGUAGCAGGUGCUGCUGAGACGGCACCUGAGAGUGCAUUUGGGAAAGUGAACGCUUUGUCGUCUAUCCAGUGAUAUAUGCAGCCUGCUUGGGAACUGGCAGAGGACAGGGGAGGUGGUUUUGCCCAGCACUUUGCAGCAGGCUGUGUGCACAGCUGGGACAGCCCCUGGAGGCUCAAGUCAGGUCUCCAUGGGUCACAUUCCUCUCAGCUAGUUACAAGAAGGAAUCAGGACUGUGCAAGUGGAAAGGGUUACUGUGGCGGUGCCCCCAGCUCUGUGUUUGGCAUUGAAGCAUCCUUGGAGCAAUGGUUGCAAUGGCAAUUGCAGGAGGGUAUGGGUUUCAUGGCAGUUUCCCAGAUGCUAGGGUUGUAACAGGAGCAGGGGUAGGCAUUGAGCCACCAGAGAAGAGGAUCCCAGCUGCAUGGCCAUGUGUGGGAGGCCAGAGCAGGUAGCAGAAGGUGCUCAGUUGGAAGAAGGGGAUCUCUGAGGCUGUGGGGAGAACAGUCUGAAGACUGCACUUGGGCAGAUCCAGGAGGCUGUGUAUUAAUGAGGCUGCUUAGGAAACUCUCUGGGCUGGGAAAGGAUGGAGGAACCAGGAAAUUCUCAAAUAUCCCCAGGACUUGGAAACCAAAGCAAGUGCUUUGGUAUCUGACUUUUCAGGUGAGAAGCUCAGAACGAAGUGAUCUC